AUGAAGCUCUUCCUUUCAAUUAUUGUUUGUAUUGCAGCAGUUGUUAUUGGGAUAUACAAUACUCCUAUUGUUCUUGAUAGGCUCAAAGAUUUGAUUCCAACCCAGCUUCAGAGUCAACUCUCUCAGCUUUUGUCUACCACCAACACCACCACCCCACCAGCAGAAGAAGACCUGUCUUCUUCUACACCAGUUCUCGAGCAAGAAAUCAUUCUACCCGACAACAUGACAACCGCCCGCGCAAUCCGCAUGGCCUUUCAGGCCCUCGAACAAGCCGAAGGCGCCGGUGCACGCGUGCGCCGCUCAAUCGGCACGCCUAAACUCCGCAACUUCAGCCCUUUCCUCAUGCUCGACCACUUCACAAUCGGCAAGGGCGCCGGAUUUCCCGACCACCCCCAUCGCGGGCAAGAAACCAUCACAUACCUGUUAUCCGGCGGCGUCGACCAUGAAGAUUUCGCCGGUAAUCGCGGCACAAUCGGACCUGGGGACUUGCAAUUCAUGACAGCCGGCAAGGGCAUAAUGCACGCCGAAAUGCCGCACGAGAAUGAAGACGGCAGCCCCAACGUCGGCAUGCAGUUGUGGGUUGAUCUCCCCAAGGACCUCAAAUAUGUCGACCCCCGCUAUCGGGACUUGAGGAGCACGGAAAUUCCCGUUGCGGAAGUCGAUGACGGGCGAGUCAGCAUAAAAGUUAUCAGCGGACAAUCGCAUGGCGUCGAUUCGGUGCGCGAUCUGGCGUAUACCCCGUUGUGGUUUUUCGAUAUCAGCAUAAAACCCGGUGGCAAGGUUAAGCAGAUUUUGCCCUUGGGAUGGAAUGCGUUUGCAUACACAUUGGAAGGAACUACAAACUUUGUGACAGACAACGGCGACUCGAAACCCAUCAAGCAAUUCCACAAUGUCGUCUUCCAGCAGUCGGGUGAUCAUAUUGAGGCCUACGUGCCCGAUAACGCGGAGGAAACAUCUCGAUUCAUUCUUGUGGCGGGUCAACCACUCAACCAAGAAGUGGUACAGUAUGGUCCGUUUGUGUGCACAUCAAAGGAGGAGGUAUAUCAGGCCAUGCUUGAUUUCCAGAGUGCGAAGAAUGGGUUUGAGAGGAGUUUUGGGUGGCAAAGUGAGAUUGGAAAGAGGAUGGGUCAUUUCUAA